AUGUACUACACUUCGAUUCUUAAGGAGUACCCAAUUCGGACGGGCGGCGGCGUCUUCCUCGCGCUAUCGAUCAGAGGCCGUGCGGCGUGGCCCGUGCCACUUACCGACGUCUUCGCACCCAAUUUAUCGCGCGCCCGAGGAGUCGACGCGAUAUGCUCGACCCCCCCCGCGCACCCCACCGUAGCGUCAUAUUGCGAUGCUCGUCUGCGGCGGAAAAUGAAACACCGCCUAUCGGUACGCGAUCUAGACGCCCACGACACGCUUUUUCGUUUAAAAGAAAAGCGGGCAGCACGGGGGCCCGGCCCCGGCCCUCCCCCGGGAGCCGAUCGAUGCGACCCGCGCCCGCGCCCGCCUCCGCCUCCGCCGCCGCCUCCGCGCCGCACUCAACGCGCACCGCCCCACGACUAUUUGCAUAUUCCUAACAAGAAACCGAAAGAU